CGCCGUUGCGCCACCACUGUCACAGCUCACGAUAUCCUGUUCUAUCAUCUCUCGUAGAUCGUAUACGGUGCCGGUGUCCAUUAUCUACCAGCACUUCCAGGAAACUGCAUUCAUCAGGCGGAGAACCAAAGAAGUAGUCAGAAUAUGCCUCAUACUGGUCAGGCAGGUGUAAAUCAGUUAGGUGGAGUGUUUGUGAACGGACGACCUCUACCUGACUGCGUAAGAAGAAGAAUAGUUGAACUUGCCUUGCUUGGAGUAAGGCCUUGUGAUAUCUCUAGACAGUUAUUAGUUUCUCAUGGAUGUGUUUCAAAAAUACUUACACGGUUUUACGAAACUGGCUCUAUUCGACCAGGUUCUAUUGGAGGAUCUAAGACCAAGCAAGUAGCCACCCCUACGGUCGUGAAGAAAAUUCUCAGGUUCAAGCAAGAAAAUCCUGGUAUGUUUGCUUGGGAAAUUCGUGAACAACUGAUCUCUCAGCGUGUUUGCGAACCACACAACAUACCCUCUGUCAGCUCUGUUAAUCGCAUUUUGCGAAACAGUGGCGUCUGGCCUGAUCCACCUGAAAUAUUGCACCAUCCCAGACCGCCACCUCCAGAUUCCCUAAUGAGAGGAGAAAUGUAUUCAAAAAUCUCUACAAAUCUGAGUUCACUUCCUUACUUUUCGAUGCAUGAUGCAGCUUAUUCCACCAGUAACAGAUUAGUCGCCCUUCAACACCAACUACAUAUAGCUACAAGUCCUGUGGAUUUACCCCCAGCGAAUAAUAACUGGUCAAAUCUCAUAAUUCCCUAUCAACCCUCUGGCAAUUCAUCAAAUCAUCAGAUUUUCACUCAAGAGGAUAAAGAUACCGUCAUAACAACCGACACUAACGAAAAACAACAAGAUCUGAAAAGGAAAAACCCAUACUCUAUUGAAGAACUGCUCAAGAAGCCGGACAAAAAAGUUAAGCCCCCUAACAUUGUGUCGGUAGGAAUUCAACAACCGUAUGGUGUGUUUGUUACGCACAACGAGGAUUUUGAAGAGAAGUGUGGAAGUGGUGAUAGCGAUGUAGAAAGAGAAGUUAAAAUUGAUGUCGAGUGAUUUUUUUUAAGUUUAUUCGUAUCGUCGUACGUAUUACUAUUUAGGAACUUGUCAACUUUUUGCCAUAACUGUACAAAUAUUUAUUUAUUUAUUUUGUAAUAUAAUUGUUUUA